AUGUCUCUGCCAGAUCGCUUACCGUCCUCAGCGGUAGCAGCGGUACCAUGGAGAAGGGCCCGGUUCGGGUGCCGGCGGAGAAGCCGCGGUGUGGAAGAUAACGAGCUGAACCUCCCCAACCUGGCGGCCGCCUAUUCGUCCAUCCUGCGCUCUCUGGGCGAGGACCCCCAGCGGCAGGGGUUGCUCAAGACGCCCUUGAGGGCGGCCAGGGCCAUGCAGUUCUUCACCAAGGGCUACCAAGAGACCAUCUCAGAUGUCCUGAACGAUGCUGUAUUUGAUGAAGAUCAUGAUGAGAUGGUGAUUGUGAAGGACAUAGAUAUGUUUUCCAUGUGUGAACAUCAUCUAGUUCCAUUUGUGGGAAGGGUCCAUAUCGGUUAUCUUCCUAACAAGCAAGUCCUUGGCCUCAGCAAACUUGCCCGGAUUGUAGCAAUCUAUAGUAGAAGACUGCAAGUCCAAGAACGUCUUACAAAACAAAUUGCAGUGGCAAUCACGGAAGCCUUGCAGCCUGCAGGAGUUGGGGUAGUGGUUGAAGCAACACACAUGUGUAUGGUAAUGCGAGGGGUGCAGAAAAUGAACAGCAAAACUGUGACCAGUACAAUGCUGGGUAUGUUCCGGGAAGAUCCCAAGACGCGGGAGGAGUUUCUCACUCUCAUUCGGAGCUGAACUGGAGCAUGGCGUCGCGCAGGUCCGACUGCUAAUGGUGUUGUCUUUCAUCAUGCCUCCCCUUUUCAUUUGUUACAGAUGUUAACUUUAUGCCUUGUCAAUAAUUGUAUUUAAAAUUAUUUAUAAAGUCAAAUUAAAAAUGAUUCACAUAGG